GGGGACAGGCCAAAUAAUGAGACAGAAGCUUCACAGGGGGAAAAAGUUGUUUUCAAGAGACAAUAUCGGCAGUUGUAGUUAAAAGUUUUUGCUUAUUGCUCGUUGACUCAUGUACAUAACCCGCUCUUCGAUGUACUAUGGGUGCGUUCAGAAAUGCACUCCGAGCACUCUCUGCUCCACUCUGAACCGUUCGGAAACUGAGAGCAUUGUUGGAAUGUGCUGUUUGGUUAUUCAUAGCACCACACUCUGGAAGUGCUGGAGCACACUCUACAGUCAGAGCGUCAGGCAGGACAAGCAUGGAAGCGGUUCAAGCAAGGUGGUCAUUUAUAAAUUGAAAUAAAGGGAGCACGCUCUGCCUCUUGCAACAUUCGCACUCUUAAGAGUAGAUAUAGGGCAUCAGAUUGAAUUUCUGAAUGCAUCCCAUGUCGUGAGAGCUUUGGAAAUGAGACAACGGAGCCAUCAAAACCGCACAUGCACCUGGUAUGAGUAGUUGUUUAAAAGGGGAAGAAGAAAAAAAAGAUUACCCCAUGAUGGGACUCGCUCGUUGAAGAGAAACAAACGCAGAGCUCUCACGAAAACUACAACAACUACACUGAGUGGAACGGUGAGUUGUAAUUUUUAUGUGUAAUCUCCCCUCUAUGCCACUUCGUCAAAAUAAAUCGAACUGGGCCGUGGCAUAAAAAAGUUUGGGGACAGCAGGUGUUGGGAACACAGAAAAUACAUUUUUAUCAGGUUGCAUGCAUGUGCAAAAAUCUUUUUUAAAUUGUUUACGUGUUUAAUUUGUGGAAGAACAAAAAUUGUGAAUCCAAGAGGGCCGAAUAAUCCAGGGGCUAAACUCAGGACUGAGGCUGCUAGAUACUGUAUUCAGUCUCCCCGGCAGCAGGAAAGUUGCUUUCAGUAUGUUGAUUAAGAGGUGUGGUUUGCAACACACUCCCUCUUUGCUCAGAGAUUCUCCUUUCCACUUACCUGUAUGUAGAAAGGAAGUAGCUUUGCUGAUACAAUGCCCUCUUACCCACUGUUAUUGCUUUACCAGGGUCUUUGUAGAUGAAGUUUACCUGCAGAUUGUCCCAGCGAGCAUCUGAGCUGUCCAUGUAUAUGCCUGCCCUCCAUGUUAAUCUGUAACAUUUUGUUAUGUAAAUAAAAUAGUUUUGGACAAAUUUAUAAUGGACACUUUCUCCUAACCCCCCCAGACCUGACUCAUUUUUGCUCUUUUGUCGAUCAUGAAAUAUGAGACGUUCCAAUUAUAAAACAGGGACUAUCCUGUUAUUAUUGAAUGUGAUCUAUGGAGUCCUACAGGGAUCAGUAUUGAAUUGGGCAGCACAGUUGGUUCCGGUUUCUUCACACAUUCCAAAAACAUGCAUGUUAGGUCGAUGGAGAACUAAAUUGUCACAUGGUGUGAUUGUGAAUGCUUGUAUGUGCUCUGUGAUUGGCUGGCGACCAGUCCAGGGUGUACAAUGCAUCUUGUCCAAAGUCAGCCCCAAUAAGGCUCCAAUUCACCUGCAACCCUAUAGAGCAGUGGUUCCCAAUCACCGGUCAGUGAGGCAUUUGUUUCCGGGCCGCAGAGAAAGAAUGACCAAUUUAUAUAAUUUCUGUUAUAUUGCAAUUCGCGUGUCAAUGUGUUUUAUUUUGAAAAUUGACCGGAUCUUCUCCGCCGCAACAGCUGCGCGUCUCAAUUGAUACGUCGAGACUGCCCAGAACGCUUCCGUUCCAAUUUUGUCUUGAGAUUGUAGUCACAUAUCUGUCAGGCCAAUUGUACAUUAUUCGUGCAUCGACAUUACCAGUAACCAUUCAUUGCUCAGUGACUCUCUGUACUGUGUUUUUAUGUCUCCAAAUUAUUUUCUGUCAUCAUACUAGAGCGGCUCCAACUAUCGGAGACAAAUUCCUUGUGUUUUGGACAUACUUGGCAAAUAAAGAUGAUUCUGAUUCAUUCACGUACCACUAGAGAACCGGCGUGGCACACUGAGACUCACUGUUCCAUAGGGUUUAAGUCUAGAGAGUGACUUGGAUGCAUACGUUUUGUUGAUGGCAGCUGGUAUUGUAACAUGCAAACUAGGAUAAGCUCAAGCUAACCUAAUAAGGGUAAGCGGAUGGCUAUGUCUAUACACACAGUGCUAUUUUUCCCUUUUUAGAAAUGCAUGGACUAACCAAAAAGGUUUUUUGAAGGAUCAAACAGAUUAAUGGAAAUUUCAUUUCAAUGGGAAAUGGAUUUGAUAAAGCAAAUUGAUUUGCGAGCUUGGUCACAGACCAUAAUUAAACUUGUAAGAGAAUUAACGCUAUGUACACUGGUGCUACAACUUACAAGGGACUCGACUUACAAGUUUUUUGACAUACGAGCCAUUGCUCGGCCGAUUGUUUUGUUUUGCGUUGUCGUAAAUGGUGGCAGCAAACUUCUCAAGUUGCUGAAAGAAGCCAAGUGCUUGUUUCAAACCGAUUAUUGCCAGUCACAGUUGAAGUUUAAACAGAAAAAAAUAUAUGUAUUUAACCACAAGUGUCACUGUUAAGAGUAGAACGCAGGACACAGACCACAGCAAUCAUUGGUAAUGUAUGCCUACCACUGGUAGCACAACAAUGCAAUGUCAUUGCAGCGUGGCUGACUGGCAGAGUGGAGCAGUGUCAGGGUGAAUGAAAAAACACUGACAGCAUACACGUAAAACAAUGGAGCCGAAUUGUCCAUCCAUCCAUUUUCCAAGCCGCUUAUCCUCACAAGGGUCGCGGGAGUGCUGGAGCCUAUCCCAGCUAUCAUCGGGCAGGAGGCGGGCUACACCCUGAACUGGUUGCCAGCCAAUCGCAGGGCAAGCCGAAUUGUCGCGAGAGUAGUAACGGAACAAAUGUAUUUAUUUAUUUAUUACCUUUAUUUAGCAAGGGGAAACAUUAACUGAGAUUAAAGGUUUCUUUUACAAGAGUGCCCUGGUAAACUCGUAUAUUAACGCACGACUCGUUUCCCUUUUGUGCUUGUCGUUCAGCCCGUCGACACAUAGUGUCGCUGUUUCCCCAUGAGACAUCCUCUUACUCGGCUUUUUUUUGGUUGUUGUUGAGGCUGAUUCAGUUCAUCCAUCAUACCCAGAAUGCAAAGUGAGAUAGCCGACGCUCAGUAGCCUUACUCCGGCUUUCUUUUCAGCUUUAUCAUGUCCAGGAGGAAUACAUACCCUCCCUGUAUGUGAUUGGUGUGAACUCGUAGCGGCUGUCAUGGCAUCGUCGGAGCUGUACACAAAGUGUGCUCGGGUGUGGAUCCCUGACGUCGAGGAGGUGUGGAAGUCAGCCGAGCUAACUAAGGACUACAAAAAUGGCGACGCCUCCCUGCAGCUCAUGCUGGAGGAUGGAGCGAACCUCGAGCACAAGCUGGACCCCAAGACCAAGAAUCUGCCCUACCUGCGAAACCCUGACAUCCUGGUGGGCGAGAAUGACCUCACGGCACUCAGCUACCUCCAUGAGCCGGCGGUGCUGCACAACCUUAAAGUCCGCUUCAUCGACUCCAAGCUCAUAUAUACUUAUUGCGGGAUUGUUUUGGUGGCCAUCAACCCGUACGAGACGCUGCCCAUCUACGGGACAGACAUUAUCAAUGCGUACAGCGGUCAGAACAUGGGAGACAUGGACCCACACAUCUUCGCUGUGGCAGAGGAGGCUUACAAACAGAUGGCUAGGGAUGAGAGGAAUCAGUCCAUCAUCGUGAGUGGUGAGUCUGGGGCAGGAAAGACGGUAUCAGCAAAAUACGCCAUGAGAUACUUUGCCACGGUCAGCGGCUCGGCCAGUGAGGCCAACGUCGAGGAGAAGGUGUUGGCUUCCAACCCCAUCAUGGAGUCUAUUGGCAAUGCCAAGACAACUCGGAACGACAACAGCAGUCGAUUUGGGAAGUACAUAGAGAUUGGCUUUGACAACCGCUACCGAAUUAUCGGCGCCAACAUGAGGACAUAUCUGCUGGAAAAGUCCAGAGUGGUGUUCCAGGCAGAUGAGGAGAGGAAUUACCAUAUCUUUUAUCAGCUCUGUGCAUCAUCGCAUUUGCCGGAGUUCAAGAACCUCAAACUGAGCAAAGCAAAUGAUUUCCUGUACACCCAGCAGGGCCGAAGCCCCGUUAUCGAUGGGGUGGACGACACAAAGGAGCUCUGCAACACCCGCAACGCCUUCUCCUUACUCGGUAUCAACGAGUCCUAUCAGAUGGGAUUGUUUCAAGUUCUGGCUGCUAUUCUUCAUCUCGGAAAUGUGGAGAUCAAAGACAAAGAUUCGGAUAGCAGCAUGAUUCCUCCCAACAAUGAUCACUUAACGAAGUUCUGCGAGCUGGUCGGCAUUACCUACAAGGACAUGGCUCAGUGGCUGUGCCACAGGAAGUUGAAGACGGCUUCCGAAACCUACAUCAAGACCAUCCCCCGCCUGCAGGCCACCAACGCCCGCGACGCCCUGUCCAAACAUAUCUAUGCUAAGCUCUUCAACUGGAUCGUGGAGCACGUCAACAAGGCGCUCGUCGCCAAUCUCAAACAGCACUCCUUCAUCGGCGUCCUUGACAUUUACGGCUUUGAGACCUUUGAAAUCAACAGCUUCGAGCAGUUCUGUAUCAACUAUGCCAAUGAGAAGCUCCAGCAACAAUUCAACAUGCAUGUGUUCAAGCUGGAGCAGGAGGAGUACAUGAAGGAGCAGAUCCCUUGGACUCUGAUCGACUUCUACGACAAUCAGCCCUGCAUCAACCUCAUCGAAGCCAAGAUGGGCAUCUUGGACCUGCUGGAUGAAGAGUGCAGGAUGCCAAAAGGUUCAGAUGAUUCGUGGGCUCAGAAGCUUUACACCCACCUGAAGACGUGCUCCCUCUUCGAGAAGCCACGCAUGUCUAACCGCGCCUUCAUCAUUCAACAUUUUGCUGAUAAGGUUGAAUAUCAAUGUGAAGGUUUCCUGGAGAAGAACAAGGAUACUGUGAAUGAAGAACAGAUUAAGGUGCUCAAGGGCAGCAAGUUUGACCUGCUGGUGGAGCUAUUUAAGGAUGAGGGGAAAGCCACCAGCCCCACCGGACAGGCUCCCGGAACAGGAGGCAGGACCCGUCUCAGCGUCAAACCUGACAAAAGCCGUGACACCAGCACCAAGGAGCACAAGAAGACCGUCGGUUGCCAGUUCCGUAACUCCCUUCAAAUGCUCAUGGAAACCUUGAACGCCACCACGCCACACUACGUCCGCUGUAUCAAACCAAACGACUUCAAGCAGGCCUUCUCGUUUGACCCGAAGCGUGCGGUACAGCAGCUGAGAGCCUGCGGCGUCCUAGAGACAAUCCGCAUCUCCGCAGCAGGUUUCCCAUCCAGAUGGACAUACCAGGAGUUCUUCAGCCGGUACAGAGUGUUGAUGAAGCAGAAGGAUGUUCUCUCUGACAAGAAGUUAACCUGCAGGAACGUUCUGGAGAAGCUAGUGCAGGAUCAGGAUAAAUACCAGUUUGGUAAGACCAAGAUCUUCUUCAGGGCCGGCCAGGUGGCCUACCUGGAGAAGCUGAGAGCUGACAAGCUUCGCGCCGCCUGCAUCCGCAUCCAGAAAACCAUUCGUUGCUGGUUGGCACGCAAAAAGUACAUGCGCAUGCGUGAUGCCGCCAUCACCAUCCAGAGGUUCACCAGAGGAUACCAGGCUCGCUGCUUGGCGAAGUUCAUGCGUCGCACUCAGGCCGCUAUCGUCAUCCAGAAGUACCAGAAGAUGUACGUGGCCAGGAAACACUACAGGCAGAAGCAGGCGGCCGCCCUGGCCAUACAGACCAUCCUCAGAGCUUACAUGGCCCGCCAAAAGUACCUGGCGCUUCUGCGCGAGCACAAGGCGGUGAUCAUCCAGAAGCGCGCCCGUGGCUGGCUGGCUCGACGCUGGUACAAGCGCUGCCUGAGCUCCAUCGUCUACCUCCAGUGCUGCAUCCGCAGGAUGAGGGCCAGGCGCGAGCUGAAGAAGCUGAAGAUUGAGGCCCGCUCGGUGGAGCACUUCAAGAAGCUCAACAAGGGCAUGGAGAACAAGAUCAUGCAGCUGCAGAGAAAGGUCGACGAACAGACCAAGGAGAACAAGUCUGUCAACGAGAGGCUCGCAGGCUUGGCGAACACCUACACGACAGAGAGCGAGCGGCUACGCGGGGAGCUGGGCCGCCUGCGUGGUGUGGAGGAGGAGGCCAGGAGCAAAGGCAACCAAGUCAACUGUCUCUUGGAAGAGCUGGAGAAGCUGAAGAAGGAGCUGAGCACCACGCAGCAGGAGAAGAAGAUCAUUGAGGAUUGGGUGCAAACGUACAGGGGCGAAAUGGAGAAAAUGGUUUCCGAACUGAAAGAUCAGAACGGCUUGCUGAAGAAAGAGAAAGACGACUUGAACAGGUCGAUUCAGGAACAGAGUCAGCAGAUGACAGAGAAAAUGGCACGUGCGAUUGCAGCGGAGACUCAGCAGCUGGAGACGGAUCUGAACGAGGAGCGCUCUCGCUACCAGAAUCUCCUGACAGAACACCUUCGCCUCGAGGAGAAAUACGACGACCUCAAAGAGCGCAUUUCCAAGCCUGGCCACAGGAGAACGGAUUCCACCCACAGCAGCAACGAAUCCGAGUACACCUACAACUCCGAGUUCGCCGAAUCGGAAGAAGGUUCCCGUGCCGUAGAAGAUUUGACACGAGGAAUGGAUACCUCGCUCACGCUCAAGCUGCAGAAGCGACUCACAGAGCUGGAGCAAGAAAAGCAGUCGCUGCGCAAUGAGCUGGAAAACAAGGAAGAGCAGUUUCAGAGGGCCCGGGCAAGGGAUGAGUCAGAGUUAAAAAAGGUGCGUGGGGCAGAGCUGGAGUACGAAUCCCUCAAGCGUCAGGAACUGGAGUCAGAGAACAAGAAGCUAAAACACAACCUGGCCGAGAUGAGGCAAAGCCUGCUGGGCGGCACAGCCGCGAGCGCCGGCGCGCCGGGCUCUCCGGCCUACAAGGUGCUCCUGGAUCAGCUCAACUCCUCCAGCGAGGAGCUGGAGGUGCGCAAGGAGGAGGUGCUGAUCCUUCGCUCACAGCUGGUCAGCCAGAAGGAGGCCAUGCAGCACAAGGAGACCAUGACAGAGGUGGCUGUCCAUGUAGAGGACAUUUCCAAACUGAAGGACGCUGAUGAACUCAAGCAAGCCUACAUCGGCCUCAAAGAUACCAACAGAUCGGCUGCUCCAGACUUCCAAAAGCUGAAUGAGGACGGGGAGCUGUGGCUGGUUAAUCAGGGCUUAAAGGAGACCAUCAGGCUGCUGGAGCACCAGCUGCAGACCCAGCGGCGGAAUUAUGACAGCGAGGUGGAAUCUCUGCGUGGCGAGCUACAAAACGUCAAAGAGGAAAACAACCGGCAGCAGCAGCUCCUGGCCCAGAACCUCCAGCUGCCCCCGGAGGCCCGCAUUGAGGCCAGUCUGCAGCACGAGAUCACCCGGCUCACCAAUGAGAACCUGGAGCAGGUAGCCGACGAUCCCGCAGCAUCCCGAGAGGCGCGAGUCGUCAUUUUACGCCGGAUGGUUGAUCUCAUGGAGCAGCUGGAAAAGCAGGACCGAACCAUCCGAAAGCUCAAGAAGCAGUUGAAGGUUUACUCCAAGAGGAUUGGAGAGAUGGGAGCCGGUCAAGCGGAGGGUCAGACGUCGCCAGGUCAAAUGGUGGACGAACCCAUCCACCCGGUCAACAUUCCUCGCCGGGAGAAAGACUUCCAGGGAAUGCUGGAGUACAAGAAGGAGGAUGAGCUGAAACUGGUCAAGAACUUGAUCCUUGAGCUGAAGCCUCGUGGCGUAGCCGUCAACCUAAUUCCAGGUCUGCCCGCCUUCAUCCUUUUCAUGUGUCUGAGGCAUGCCGACUAUGUCAACGACGACCAGAAGGUCCGCACGCUGCUCACCUCCACCAUCAACAGCAUCAAGAAGAUCCUCAAGAAACGUGGAGAUGACUUUGAGACGGUCUCCUUCUGGCUAGCCAACACCUGCCGCUUCCUGCACUGUCUUAAGCAGUACAGCGGAGACGAGGUCUUCAUGAAGCAAAACACUUCGCGGCAGAACGAGCACUGUCUGUCCAACUUCGACCUGACCGAGUACAGAUCAGUGAUCAGCGACCUGGCUAUCCAGAUCUACCAACAGCUGAUCAAAUGCAUGGAGCACAUCCUUUAUCCCAUGAUAGUGUCUGGCAUGCUGGAGCACGAGACCAUCCAGGGCGUGUCCGGCGCAAAGCCGACGGGCCUGCGCAAGCGGACGUCCAGCAUCGCCGACGAGGGCACGGACACACUGGACUCCAUCCUGCGCCAGCUCAACGCCUUCCACUCCACCAUGUGCCAGCACGGCACCGACCCUGAGCUCAUCAAGCAGGUGGUCAAGCAGCAGUUUUACUUCAUCGGCGCCGUCACCCUCAACAACCUGCUGCUGCGCAAGGACAUGUGCUCGUGGAGCAAAGGCAUGCAGAUCAGGUACAACGUGAGCCAGCUGGAGGAGUGGCUCCGUGACAAAGGCUUGAUGAACUGCGGGGCCAAAGAGACCCUGGAGCCUCUCAUCCAGGCCGCUCAGUUACUCCAGGUGAAAAAGAAGACGGAUGAGGACGCCGACGCCAUCUGCUCCAUGUGCCUGGCCCUCACCACCGCACAGAUCGUGAAGGUCCUCAACCUGUACACGCCAGUAAACGAGUUUGAGGAGCGGGUGUCUGUCUCAUUCAUCCGAACCAUACAGACUCGCUUGCGAGACCGCUGUGGAAGUCCACAGCUGCUGAUGGACACCAAAAUCAUCUACCCGAUCACGUUCCCCUUCAACCCGUCCUCCCUCGCCCUGGAGACCAUCCAGAUCCCAAGCUCGCUCAACCUGGCCUUCCUCACCCGCGUCUAGGGAGGGGACAGUUGACAUCUAUGUCUCACACACACACACACACGUGUUGUGAGCAUCGCAAAACACAAACAUGCAUGCUCCACACGCUGUUUUAGUCACUUCUCUUAGACCAGUGUUUCCUCAAACGUCUUUUGGAGCAAAGGUACAUAUUUUGUGUUAGAAAAAUCUCCCGGCACACCACCAGAUAAAAGUGUCACAAAAAGUAUAUACAUUAAACCGUCACUAUUCCGAAAGGAAAAGGGGCCGAUAAAUAGAAUCUAAAAAAAAAUGUAUAAUAAUAAUACGCAAGUAAAUGACGCCACCUAAAAGUUAUUUUUCUUCUAUUGGACAAGGCUAUAGCCGGACUAAAUGAAGCUUGCCCCGUAGUUCACAAUGGUGGCUUGGCACCAUGAUGCCGCUAAAGCAAUAGGUGCCAAGCAAUAUUUUUGGUGUGGCCUGAGCAUGAAAACUGCAAAUGACAAAGGGUAGGUGCCCCCCCCAAAAAAUAGGUAUUGGACAAAUUUGCGAACAUGCAGGGGUUGACUGCGUACUGAAAUAAUGAGAUCUUGUCUCAAAUUACUCACAAAUUUACUUGGUGUGAAAUACAAAGGGUAAUUGUACCUUUAUCUUGGGAUGGGCAUUCAAUUGUUCUGCCUGUCACUAUAUGUUGCUUCAGACAUAGUUGAACCCCUUUCUGCUCAUUUAAGUAGUUCAAGGUCCGGUUGUUGAAAUCACAAGCGAUGUGUCAGCUCACGUCCCGCUCGGUCCUCCUCAUGCUCAGUCAAGCCAAGACGACCAACCACACGUUGUCUGAGCCGUCCUAUUUAUGCACCUAUAGAUGAAUAUAUAUAUAUAUAUAUAUAUAAAUAUGAACAAUACGUGUAUUUAUUGCAUUCUCCUCCGGCUUUGCGAAGAGACGUUUAGUUUAGCUCCGCGCUGAGCUCGUACGGUAGUAGACAUCCUGCGCAAUGGAUCGUGUGUAUGUAGCACAGGUUGUAGCGACGUCAUCGCUCUGCUAUUAUUUAUUGAGCUUUUUUUUUGUUAUCAUUGAGCAGCAAUGUGAGGUUGUUUUUCAGUGCCUCAAUUAGCUUCAUGUCAUCUCUCUCGCACUGCCUUUACCGUUUCAAAUUGUACACCAUUUUUGUGACCAAAAAAUACGAUGAAGAUGAACCUGCAUAUUCUAGUUAUUUCUAUGAUUUCUGUUGUUUGAAAGAGAUGUGUGGUACCAUUGCCCUGCUUCCUCGUGUUGUUUGCCAUCAGUGUUAACCUCCUUCCUGCACUUGAACCUUUCUCAGCCUCUAGACCUUAGAGACAAUAUUUAUUUUCUGUUAUUUUCAAUUUAGCGUGACUCUCAUCCUGUCCCCCCCCCAUACCCCUAUUCGAAAGCACUUUUUCACCAAGCGGUGGAGUUCCAGUGAUGAUUCUUGGUCAGCCAGUCAACAGGCAGCAGUCAAGCUUUGCCCUUAAGGUACUCUGCUAUUGGUAUUGUGCUAAAAAAGUGGUAUGGUAUGACGGAUCCUUUUGGGAGGGGGAUUAAUUUAGCUUCUUGUUCACUUAACAAAAUGAAAGACAAACCAACAGUUAUCGAAUACCAUUGUCUUGCUUGGUGGUCUCGGGAGAUGUCACUUUUCAAUACAGAAUUCGCACUCCUUAUUGGGGCCACACUGGGGGACAAAACAAGGGAAAUGGUAAAGUCACGAGAAAAAAAACAGUGAAAUUAUGAGAGGGAAAAAAAUGUAAUUAUGAGGAAAAAAGGCCUCGAGUUGUGUGACUCAGCCUUGGCGCACACAUCAAGAUAAUCGAGCUGUUUUGUCCGAUUAUGCCCCUUCCUGACCAAGGACAUCAAAAUCCUGUUUUAUACGAUUAUCCUUAGGUCUGAGGUGUGUUAAGUAUGGAUUUGUCUCAAUUAUACAAUCUUAAAUACUUAACGUGUUCAAUAUUUACGACCAAAAAUCUUUGCGUGUGUGGGGAAAGCCAACUUCUCCUUGAGUCAAUGAGCUGUGAACUGUGACAUGAAACCGAAUAUAGCCAAUCAAAGAAGCAACCUUACUAACGAACAACGGAGCGGCUGUAAAUAAAUACAAACGAUGUCAUUACCUGAUGUCAUUUGUUGUAUAAAAGUGGGAUCCUCAUACGGUAAGAUGUGUUUUUAUCGAUAACAUCACCAUUCUGUACAACACUCGCCCUUCCAUUCCCUUUGGCAAAGAUUGGCGCAUACCCCGGUGUUUUGGGAGAUCUCUGCCUCGGAGGAAUUGUUCUAAGAUCGGCAGUGGAACAGAAUCUUUGUGUGUGUGGUGUUAUGCGUUGAGAUUAUCGGCACACGCCACACACAGUACGGGCAAAACUGUUCAUUGUUUGAAUGGUUUUUUUUUCUUCUUUUUUAUCUUUAUCUUUGUGUCUGUCACAGAUUUUAAAAUAAAAAUCAUUCUGUGUACAAAGCCUAAAGUUGUAAUAUCACGCUGAAUAUAAUCUGAAAAGUUAUGACCAAAGUCAUAAUGUAGUAAAGUCAGAAUGUAAACAAAAUAAAGUUAUGGAUUCACACGCCAUGUGAGACAGUGCAAGUUAUUAGGGCCACACCAAAAAGAAAAGGAAAUAAUAAUGAUGACAAUGACAAAUGUGGUCACGAGCAAAAAGUACAAAAAUUACAAAAGAAAAAAAAAUUGUAAAAUUAUGAGGAUUUGUUUGGUAAAAUUACAAGGGAAAAAUAGUAAAAUUGAGGGGGGGAAGGCGUCAAAUUGUGUGUAUAAGGUUGUAAUGUUACAAUUAACUAAAUCCUAAAAUGACAUGAAAAAAGUCAAGAAGAAUAAAGUCCUAAUUUUACCAAAAUAGUCGUAACGGUGUGAGACCAAAAUAGUAAUAUUCUGAGAAGUCGUUGCAAGAAUUAAGCUUUUUUUUUUUUCUCUGAAAAAGAUGGAAUAUUAAACAAAUUUAAAAAAAAAAA